AUGGGCCUCCUUCAGCUACCUCCCGAGGUAUUGGCAAUGAUUGCUGAGCAUUCGUUGCCAUACUCCGAGGAACUCUCUCUCACAUGCAAGCAAUUGUAUAAUGGGAUAACCCCUGUGAGACAAAGACACAUCGACCUUCGCAAGCAAUACCGAAACUUCUUCUUCACCCCCAGCGUGGCCAAAGUUUCCGACUUGCUGGCAGAAAUUGCCGCGGAUCCCGUCAUUGCCGCCUACAUCGUUCACCUUAACCUGGAGACUCGUCAACACUGUGAAGAUGGUGAAAUAGAUGACGAGUAUAUCGAAAAAAUGAACCGCAAGCUUGCGCCCUUGGUCCUUGGCUCUUCGCACCUCUCCACGCUCAGCGAUGACCAAGAUGGGCUCCACGCGCUCUGGCUGCGAGAAAUCGUGCAUGACGUGGAGCAUGAGAAAAAGGGGGAUGGUCAGGCAGAGUUUUGCAUCGCUUUUCUCGUCUCUCUUCUCGUCAAUGUCGAGACAUUGACCAUGCCGUCACAGUGGUGCGACCUCGAUAUCAUGAGAGGAUCUGAUUCCACGCCCCCGAACCCCGUGAUUGCUCUGCUACAACUCCUUGUCAAGAACGCCAAUAACAAAAGUUUGAAAAACCAACCAUUGCAAAAACUGCGCGUUAUCAAGCCGAGCGCAGAGGUUGAUACGCAAGGUGGCACUGAUCUAGAACCCUUGCUUCCCUUCCUGGCGCUUGACUCUCUGCGAGAGCUGCACCACUGGUGUGCGGUCUUUUCAUCCGGGUAUCGUGAAGACAUGCCUUUUACUGCUCUUGGCCGCAAUAUGGAAGUGAUGAGGCUCGAAGACUAUGUCAUUUACAAAGACGCUGCUAGGUUUCUUUUUAGGCAUAUGAAGAACCUGCGCGUUUUUGAGAUGGAGUACUCUAUGAAGGAUGAGACAGGCUAUGGCUUUGAAGCUGACGAUUUUAUGCAAUACUUGAUUGUAGGGGCAGGAGGGAGUCUUGAGAAGCUGCUUCUCAUCGGGAACCACGUUUGGCCUGACACGGAAGUUUUGAACUGCUCGUUGCGGGGAUUUACGCGGUUGAAGCACCUCGAGCUGAGCACCCUGUUUCUUGUCAAUGGGCCCGGGGCUCUUGGUCCUGGCUAUGGAGAAGAGAACUGUGAAACGGAAGAAGAGGAGAGCGAUGAUGAGGAUGAAGACGAAGACGAAGAUGAAGAUGAAGAAGGAGAGGACGACCAGGAGGAUGAUGAAGCUGAAACUGAAGAUGACGAUGAAGAUGAAGAAGGAGAGGAUGACCAGGAGGGCGAUGAGAUUAAAGGCGAGAAUAACGAAGACGGAGAAGAAGACGCGUCAGACGGGGAGAAGGAGGAUGCGGGAGAUGCUGAAUCAGACAACCAAGAAAUGAGCGAUGGAGAGGAGGACCAGGAUAAGACCGUGGAUGAUGUACCGGAAGGAAUCACGCGGUUAUACCAUGAAGACGGUACACACGACGAUAUGCUUGACUUCUAUCCCGAAGAUCGCCAAACGAAAUAUCGGAACGGCAACACUGUCUGGCGCCUCGUCAGCGCGCUUCCCGAGACGCUCGAGACGCUCGUUAUCCACACUCCUGCUGCACCGCGCAAUAGUUCCUGCGUAGAGCGCAUGUUUCUCUAUUUCGAGGAGCUGCGCGCCGAGCGGCUGCCCAACCUCAAGCGGAUCGAGCUGCGCGUGAGUCUGCGAACGCGCUGGGGCGACCUGCUGGAGGGCGGCGACGAUGAGGUGGCUCAUCUGCAGGCAUUUUUCGCCGACAAGGACAUUCUCACCAAGUUUGAGGUGUAUGAUGACGUGAUACACUGGAUCAACCGUGAUGAGCCAACCUGGUGGUGA